UGUGUGGGUGGUUCACUAAACAACAUGAUGAUGGCCUUUGUUUCUGCUGUAAUAAUACUCUGCCAAAUUUGCUUUUCUGGUGCAAGUAUAUCAUUCAUUAUUGUACCAGUGACACAAUAUGUAUAUGUCAAUGAUACUGUUAUAUUUGAAUGUGCUAUUAAUGUGACUCAUUAUCAUCCCUCCUUUGAGACUUAUCCAUCAGUUGAUGGUUCAGUAUUAUCCUCUGGUGGAAUGGCAUCACUCAGCUUAACUGCAACAAGUGAAGUAAAUGGUACAGAAGUUACCUGUGAGGCACCCAAUGGAGCUAGGACUGAACCAGCAUAUCUAUAUGUACAAGGUCCACCUGAUAGUGUCAGUAGUUUAACAGUAUAUCAGUUAGAUUCUUGUUGUAUGUUUAUCAGUUGGUAUCCUCCAUUCACACUACCAAGACUAACAGUAAAGUAUAUAAUCAGUGUAGGAACUGAUCAACAGUACCUUAAUGACUCUAUCACUAACUAUACUUACUGCCCAAUGAACCCAACCAAUAAACAAUAUCUGUUUAACAUUACAACUACUAAUAAAGCUGGGAAUGGAUCUACUAGUAACAUAACUGUUGGAUUUGAAUCAACAAUAGAUGUACAGUUAUAUGUAACUGAUAAGGAAAGAGGGAAUGUAAAUUGGACUUUUCAUUUCAUUGUAUCUGUUCAUCAGUUUUGUACUAAUGUACCACCACUAAUGAACAUUACAUUGAAAGGAUGUACUAAGGAUAACUGUUAUUCAACAACAAAUGUAUCCAUAAGCAAUAGUUCUUAUAAUAACAUUUCACUUGUUGUUCAAUUUCCAUCAAAUAAGACACUGAAUACUAAUGCUACCUUGUACUAUCAAAAUGGAGUUACAGUUCAAAGCAACACUAUAACAAUCAGUACUCAUGACCUGAACUUGACAUUGAUUAAUGUUACAUCAAAUUCUGUUUGUGUUCAGUUUCAGUUUGUCAAUGGCAGUACACUUUAUAUUGAUUACAUUCACAUUAUUGAUAGUCAAGGCCAGUUUCAUUGGGAUGACCUCAAACAUCUUAAUGAUUCAUUGAACUUUAUUAAGUGUUUUGAUGGCAUACCAGCUGGUAAUAACUUAACACUGUAUGCAUGUGAAUGGGCAACCAUAUGGAUCUGUAUAUCUAAUUCUCCUGCUGUAAUAACUGGUAUUAAUAUUACUAAUGACUCUACAUCUUCAGUUCUAAUGUCAUCAGUUCAUUCAUCAUCAGUAUCACUCACAUCAACAGUAUUGACUACUCCAUCAAUGAUGUCUGUAUCAUCAAUAAUAUCUACUUCACCAGUAGUAACUACUUCAUCAGUUCCAACUACUUCAUCAUCUAAUUCAAUUACUUCAUCAAUGACGUCCUUACCAACAAAAAUCCAUACUUUAGUUGUACCAACUCCAUCAAUAAUGUCUGAGUUUGAAACAUAUCCUUCAUCAGUGCAAACUAUUUCAACUACUUAAACAGUACAACAAGUUACAAGUAGCUCCAUCAUAAGCAGUACUACAGAUACUCCUACCAUCAGUAGCUCUACUUCUAUUCAUACCACUAGAUUAACUAGUACAUUAGUGACAGGUACUUUAACUGCUACAUCCUCAUCAGUUCUAGUACCUUCUUCCGAAACCUCAUUCAAUACUUUCCUAUCUUCCUCAUACUCAACUUUUAUAUCUUUGUCUUCAUCUCCUUCAUCUAUGAUAAAUUCUUCAUCUACACCUUUUACAUCAUUCAUGAGUCCACCUUUCUCUUCAUCUUCUUUAUCUUUAACUUUGCCAUCAGUCACUUCUAUAACUUCUUCUUCAUCCCCAACUCCUUCAUUGACAGCUCCUUCAUCCAUAUCUUCUUCAUCAUCAAUUAUUGAACUGGCUUCUGGGAUAUCAAUUGCACUACUAAUUAUAAUAAUUGUUGUUAUAGUAAUUGUAGUGGUAGCAGCAACAGUUCGAUUUAAAAAGAGAAGAG